GUCCCUGCCUCGCAUUGCCGCUUGCUUCACCGUGUGGCCACCAUCCUGCUUCGUGUGCUGGCAGCGUCUCUAUUGCCUUGUAUGAUGUUCGACGACAUCGUGCUUCUCGAUGAUAGGAUGGUAGCGGAGGGAAAGGACGCGGGCCGAGAGGACGGGAGGGCUCGAGGCUUCAAGGAGGGUGAGGGCAUGGGAAGGGGCAAGGGCUUUCAGACGGCAGCGGAGAUGAGCUUCUGCAGAGGUUGCUGCUUGGCGUGGCUGUCCAUGCAUGCUCAAGAUCCAGACAAGUUUCCCUUCAGCGAAAAGGCGCUGGCCUCGAUGCGGGCCGUCGUCACGCUGGCCGAGAGUGUCCCACGCGUUAACACGCAAGAAGCUACGGCCGCGCAGACGGCUCAACGGGUUCGCGCGAGAUUUCGAGCUGUGACUUCUAUGGUAGGCCUGCCGGUGGUAUUCGACUCCAAGGGACAGGCGGAGGCCAAAGACUUCUCCUUUUGAGUCGAGUGGUCACCCUGCAGCCGCCCGCCUCCAAGCUUGGAGUGGUGCUCAUUGGGCCGGAGGACACUGGACAAAGCUCAUGGUGAAUCUGCUAGUGCUUUUACGGCUGGAGUUGGGCGGGAGACGUGAGGACACGCUUGUGGCGCAGCGGGGGCUGGCUCACGACGCCAUGGUGGUCGUGGCCAUCACGUGGAGGACGCAACGGCUUUCUCUACGGGGACAGUCAGAAAGUAUGGCAGGAGCUGAGUCCUGAACUUUACUUCCAAGACCGUCAUAACUCGAGGUUGAACGCCGGAGUGCUCAGCAAAGCCUCCUUCCUUCCUGAUGGACGCUUUCCUGGAAAUGCCUCAGGAGGACGCGUAACAAUCCUGCUGGUUCUCUCUUUGCUGGCCGGUUCUAUCUGGAUCGGUUCAUCCACGACAGGUAGAUGCCCGACGUGGUGGCAUUGGAACCAUCAUGUUGAGGAGCACGGAUUUUUCCAGCUUUUGCGCCUCCGCGAUGAAUGGAAAUCUGGCGGUGCCACACUUCCAAGCGGAUGGUGAUACUGCAAGCCAUUACGAUAGAGCAACGCCCACCUACGCGCGCUCAAGCCGAGAGAGAGGGGGGGGGGAACAGUUCAACGACCAAUUCAUGCACAGCACGGACUGGUGUAUCCGCGAGCCCGCCCUCUUGCACUAUUGUAGAUUCGCCCGACAGAGGGGCACGUGUGGAAACAUGUUCGCUCGGAUUCUUUCUUGCAAGUUCUUGGGUGGUACGUUGAACUUCUACUCUUUAGCUUUACCAUGGAGCCCAGAGCUGCCACGGAAUUGACCGCUUGUCAUGAUGAAUCUAAUGGGCUCCUUGUUGCGCACCCCCGAGUUGCACUGCGUCCAAAUAUCGCCUUCUUGUGCUAUUUAUCUAGCGGAACAACCUGAAGUCUCCUGAAUCAGCCUACCACCCCCGGGUGACGAGUUCUUCAGCUGUAGACAGACGCCCGUUUCCGGGGAUUCUUCCGUUUUUCGGGCUGUGGGCGGAGGUUGUUUCCAGCUCACCUGAGCUCUGUUUCCAAGCAAGGCGCAACGUAUGGUGGUCCUGUAGAUGACAUGUCUCGGGCAGAAAUAAUUCCUCGUCAUGCGGAUGGAUGUGGUUCAUCAGGAUAUUAGUAACGCUUGAAUAGGGGCGUUGUUUGCAAAUAUGCACUGCUCUUGGCCAGUCCCAAAGUUCUGUUGUGCGAGGCAGCGGUGCGGGACUGGAGACAUUCCCAACUUGUUUGCUUCUACAGCACUGCGACUAUUUGGUCAUGUUUGA